AUGGAGAAGAACGCAGCCCAAGAUGUGAAAACUGCGAGAAAGAAGACAGAGCUUGCCAACGGCGCUCGCAAGAAAACCAAUGCUCCUGUCCGUCCGACCACCGAUCCUCCUGUCCGAAAGAACAUCGAUCCUCCCGUGCGGGAAAACACUGACAGCCCAUACCAACCAGGCCGCAAUCGCAGUCACAAGCGUGUACUAAACGACACUGCCGCCAGAGAGGCCACAGAGCCACCAGCGAAGCGCACGAGGGCGUCGAUGAAUGGAAGAAUGCAGAUGUCCACCGCUAUUCUUGAUGACGAGUUCCACACACCCAUGGAGUCUCGAUCGAGAUCAAUUUACUCGAUUACCUCUCUUCGUGGCAGCGACACUAGUCUCGGUGAUAGCCACAAGACAGACAUCGGCAUUGUUGUAGACGAUUCACACGCCGAGUAUGACCUCCCUCUGAGAAACGAGGGGCAAAACGAUGCCGACGGAUGGCACGAUGUUGAGUCUCCCCCUGUGGAUGUUCACAGAGACGAGCGACUUACCAGCUUCACGCCGUACCUUCCCUCUGGAUCUUGUACGAGUACCAAACCCCAGAACGCAGGCCCAAACUCAACACAGAGUCAGGAAGUAGUAAUCCAACAGAACUCGAACGGCGGUACCAGCAUCUUCGAGGAGCUGAGCAAAUACUUCUCUGCUCUAAACUCCAAACACGAUAAGCUUGUCCGCGAACUCCGCUCGGUGAACGCAAGGCUCACCCGACGUGUCGAUCAACUCGAGAAUCCACAGACAAAUUCGUGGCAGAAUCUGGAGGCCAGACUCGUGGCCCUCGAAAAGAUGCCAACUCCCCAGCAGCAUGGACAGGAGUCAUGCACCACUGCAACUGCCACUAGAAUGCUCGAAGCACGCCUCCUCAAGCUCGAAAAGGCAAAUGCAGGUCUGAGUAAUGAUGGUGGCAUGGGCGACGGGCUCAAACGUCUGGAGGGCUUGACAGAACGAGAAAGGGGCGAAAGACGUGCUCAAGCAGGCAGGAUCGAGAACAGAGUCACGAACCUGAGAGAUGAGCAAGCGGUGCUGCAGAAUGAGCAUCUCGGACUGAACACUAGGCUCAACGACCUUGCGAAGAAGAUGCACCAGUCCACAACUCAUGUGUAUCUGAUCAGAGAGUCGACGAUACCGAUGUUGAACGCCGCCUUUGCCGCCGGAGCCUUAUCGCAAAGCGAGCCUACACACCAACUCCCAUCCUACAUCCCUCUUCCUCUCCAAGAGUUCCACACGGAAUGUACAGACCCCUCGAAAAUCCACCGUAAUAAUCUCACUCCUCGACCCUUUGCCCCGUCCACCGAUCCGCGCCAUCUAUUCCCCCUUCUACUUCUCCCUUUCUCCCCAUCUCCUCCUCCCGCAUUAUGCGCCCUCACCAAGACUUCCACACGGAACAGAGGUGUUAUAUAUUUCCAAUUCUGGUCCGCGCAGGAACCUCAACUACUGGGCGAGAUGGUCCACUUGGCUGCCACAUGUUCCUUUGUCUCUCGCGGUGAUGGACUCUUGGAAGGACGUGGGGCGCCUCUGGAGCGGCGAAUGUGGAAGACCGAAUGGCCGGGGCAGGCGGGCAUAGGCGAUAUGGUAGUCGAACAUUCAUGUGGCUCAUUGAGAGAGGAUAUGCCACGGAGGGCGGAGAUAGAAAGGGACAACACUGCAGAGGAAGGACGACGCGUCAAACAUGUCCAAUCGCACAGCAAGGAGAAACGAGGACAGAGAAGAAGGAAGCAGAUACGCGCAGGUAGAAAGAGCAAGAGCAAUCGAACAGAUUCAUCGUAG